AGCGGGUGAGUACUGAGUAGUGAACACUUGAGAGAGUUGAACCCAAAAGUUCAGAGCGGAGAGACCGAUGGCGUGGACCAGCGCAGCCAGGAGCUUCUGUAUUCCGGCAAUCAAUCUCGGCGGCCUGCGCGGCCGUACUCCAGUAGGCUUCGGUGCAGGCAUCAUAUCACUUGCCGGCGCUAGCUUACGCCUAUCGCCGCCGUCUCCGUCUAAACCCUUCGCCUCCCUAAGCACUUCCGCUCAUUCCAGUGUGAAGGAGGUUGUUGAAACAGAAAACGCUCCGGCGGCAUUGGGACCAUACUCACAAGCCAUCAAAGCAAAUAAUUUUCUUUUCGUAUCUGGAGCUCUUGGGCUUAUUCCAGAGACUGGGGAGUUUGUGUCAGACCAUGUAGAGGAUCAAACAGAACAGGUUCUCAAGAACAUUGGGGAGAUACUUAAAGCAGGUGGUGCUACCUAUGCCAACGUUGUUAAGACUACAAUCUUGCUGGCUGACCUGAACGACUUCAAUACAGUCAAUGAAAUCUAUGCUAAAUAUUUUCCAAUAGAUGCACCAGCAAGAGCAACAUAUCAGGUUGCAGGACUGCCAAAGGAUGCUAAAAUCGAAAUCGAAUGCAUUGCAGCUCUAUAAGUGCAUAAAACAAAAUCUCAUUAUGGUUCAACAUUUUCUUACUGCAAGCCAUUCAUGUAUAUUGAUGGUUGGCUGGGUCACACAAUAAAAGAAAAUGAACCCUUUCAUUUAUUCAUUCAUGUUUAUCAUUAUACUGUAUUGAUCAUCAACCAUGAAUGCAUUUGUACUACCAACUACCAUGUGAGAUUAAUAAAAGGUACUUUGUCCC